AUGAGUAGUCGCGGCGGGAAACUCGCACCCGAAGUCAACAGAGCUCUGUUCGUCAAGAAUCUGAGCUACAGCGUAACUCCAGAGGAGCUUUUCGACCUCUUUGGAAAAUUCGGUCCAAUCCGCCAAGUUCGCCAGGGCAUAUCCACUAGUACCAAGGGAACGGCCUUCGUGGUCUAUGAGGACGUAAUGGAUGCGAAGCAAGCCUGCGACAAGCUCAACGGCUUCAACUUCCAGAAUCGUUAUCUUGUCGUUCUGUAUCAUCAGCCAGAGAAGAUGAUGAAGUCAAAAGAGGACCUGGAGGCGCGUCGGGAAUCUUUAGCUCAGCUGAAGAAACAGCAUGACAGCCUGCAAGACAAGAGACCCUCAAUGUCUUCAGGCCGGUCUUUGUCACCUCCAAAGUCUGCUUCGCCGGAUCACAAGACGAUCCUUCGAAAGGGCACGCCACUUGACGGCACCAUGAACAAGGGGCAUGUCGGCUCGCGAGCAGUCCGCUUUGUCGAUGGAGCACCAACUGCUCUACGAUCUUGCGCGUGA